UCCCUCCCUCCUUCCCUCACAGCAGCCUACCAGGCAGCAAUUACGCUUUGGGGAUAAAACGAGGCGCAGAGAGCAGGCUGGGGCAGUCCUCCCCGAGAUGGCGGGUCUGACAGCGGCGGCAGUCCGGCAGCCUGGAGCCUUGCUGAUCUUCUUGCUCAACCUCCUCCAUCCCGCGCAGCCUGGAGGGGUUCCAGGAGGUGUGCCUGGUGGAGUUCCUGGUGGAGUCUAUUAUCCAGGGGCUGGUAUCGGAGGCCUGGGAGGAGGAGGAGGAGCUCUGGGACCUGGAGGAAAACCACCUAAACCAGGCGCUGGGCUUCUGGGAGCAUUUGGAGCAGGCCCUGGAGGACUCGCAGGUGCUGGCCCCGGGGCAGGUCUGGGGGCCUUUCCCGCAGGUACCUAUCCAGGGGCAGGAGCUCUGGUGCCUGGAGGAGCAGCGGGGGCUGCUGCGGCUUAUAAAGCUGCCGCCAAAGCCGGGGCGGGACUUGGUGGAGUUGGUGGUGUUCCUGGUGGUGUUGGAGUUGGUGGCGUCCCUGGUGGUGUUGGAGUUGGUGGCGUCCCUGGUGGUGUUGGAGUUGGCGGCCUCCCUGGUGGUGUUGGUGGUAUUGGUGGCAUCGGUGGCUUAGGAGUAUCAACAGGUGCCGUCGUGCCGCAAGUCGGAGCUGGAGUCGGAGCCGGAGUCAAGCCUGGAAAGGUUCCCGGUGUUGGUCUUCCGGGUGUAUACCCCGGCGGAGUACUCCCAGGCACAGGAGCUCGGUUCCCAGGUGUGGGGGUGCUCCCCGGAGUUCCCACUGGCACAGGAGUCAAGGCCAAGGCUCCAGGUGGAGGUGGUGCUUUUGCCGGAAUCCCAGGUGUCGGGCCCUUUGGGGGACAGCAGCCUGGUGUCCCCCUGGGUUACCCCAUCAAAGCCCCGAAGCUGCCAGGUGGCUAUGGACUUCCCUACACCAAUGGGAAGUUGCCCUAUGGAGUGGCUGGUGCAGGCGGCAAGGCUGGCUACCCAACAGGGACAGGGGUCGGAUCCCAGGCAGCGGCAGCAGCAGCUAAAGCAGCGAAGUAUGCAGGUGCUGGAGGAGCUGGAGUCCUCCCUGGUGUUGGAGGGGCUGGCAUUCCUGGUGGUGCUGGAGCGAUUCCCGGGAUUGGAGGCAUUGCAGGCGCCGGGACUCCCGCAGCAGCAGCUGCUGCAAAGGCUGCUGCUAAGGCUGCUAAGUAUGGAGCUGCUGGAGGCUUAGUACCUGGUGGACCAGGAGUUAGGGUCCCAGGUGUUGGGAUCCCAGGUGUUGGGAUCCCAGGUGUUGGUGGCAUCCCAGGUGUUGGUGUUGGUGGCAUCCCAGGUGUUGGGGGCCCUGGUAUUGGAGGCCCAGGCAUUGUGGGUGGACCAGGGGCUGUGUCACCAGCUGCUGCUGCCAAAGCUGCUGCCAAAGCUGCCAAAUAUGGAGGCAGAGGUGGAGUUGGCAUUCCAACAUAUGGAGUUGGUGCUGGGGGCUUUCCUGGCUAUGGUGUUGGAGCUGGAGCUGGACUCGGAGGGGCAGGCCAAGCAGCCGCUGCUGCUGCCGCCAAAGCUGCCAAGUACGGUGCUGGUGGAGCCGGAGGCCUGGGAGGCCUGGUGCCAGGUGCAGGAGCAGGAGCAAUACCAGGUGUACCGGGCACUGGGGGAGUGCCAGGAGCAGGUACCCCUGCAGCUGCAGCUGCUGCCGCCGCCGCCAAGGCAGCCGCCAAAGCGGGCCAGUAUGGUUUGGGCCCUGGCGUUGGUGGUGUUCCCGGUGGAGUCGGUGUGGGUGGAGUUCCUGGUGGAGUUGGCCCUGGUGGUGUUACUGGUAUUGGAGCUGGUCCCGGCAUCGGCAUUGGACCUGGUGGUAUUGGAGCAGGGACGCCGGCUGCUGCCAAAUCUGCUGCUAAGGCAGCCGCCAAAGCCCAGUACAGGGCUGCUGCUGGGCUUGGGGCAGGUGUCCCUGGAUUUGGGGCAGGUGCUGGUGUCCCUGGAUUUGGGGCAGGUGCUGGUGUCCCUGGAUUUGGAGCUGGAGCAGGUGUCCCUGGAUUUGGGGCUGGAGCAGUCCCUGGAUCCCUGGCUGCAUCAAAAGCUGCUAAAUAUGGAGCAGGAGCUGGAGGCCUUGGAGGUGUUGGAGGUCUUGGAGGUGCUGGUGGCCUCGGGGGCCCUGGGGGUCUUGGUGGGGCUGGUGUUCCAGGUGGUGUAGCAGGAGCGUCACCUGCUGCCGCUGCUGCUGCUGCUAAAGCUGCCGCGAAGGCCGCCCAGUAUGGUGGAGCCGGCGGACUGGGAGCCGGUGGACUCGGGGCCGGUGGACUCGGGGCCGGUGGCCUGGGAGCCGGUGGCCUGGGAGCUGGUGGACUUGGGGCCGGUGGAGCAGGCCUUGGAGGUGUGUCCCCAGCUGCAGCGGCUAAAGCGGCCAAAUAUGGUGCUGCUGGCCUUGGAGGUGUCCUUGGAGCCAGGCCAUUCCCAGGUGGAGGAGUGGCAGCGAGACCUGGCUUUGGACUGUCUCCUAUUUACCCAGGUGGUGGUGCUGGGGGCCUGGGAGUUGGUGGAAAACCUCCGAAGUCCUAUGGAGGAGCCCUUGGAGCCCUGGGAUACCAAGGUGGGGGCUGCUUCGGGAAAUCUUGUGGCCGGAAGAGGAAGUGAUCUUCUGGAGACCCCUGACUCGCGACCUCAUCAACGUUGGUGCUACUGCUUGGUGGAGAAUGUAAACCUUCUAUGACCACCCCCUACUCCAUCCCCCUGACCCCACCUGGGAGGGGACAACAGGCCAGUGGCCUUGGAAACCCACAGGACAAGGAAAUCAGACAGCAGCGGCCACGUACCCCUAACCAGAAAUUUGCCCCCUACAUCAGAGGCCAGGGCGGGUGCCCCAUCUCUUCCCACCCAGGAGCUCCCCCACACACAGUCUCCAUCUCCAAGGGAAAUUGGUGCUACAUGUUGGUGCUUCUUUUUCGUGGGGGGAGGGAGGAGGGAAGGGUAUCCCAGGGGACCCUCCCUUCCCUAAACCCCUCUAUUAAGAUGGUGCACACAUUUGUUGGGCAGUCCCACCUCAGCCUGUCCACCAGGAGCCAUCCCUGGCUGCAUCCCAUUGGUACCCAAAUGCCGAGAGCCUUGACGCUGGAUUUGAAGACACAGUCCCUCUCUCUUUGGAUCCCUUGGCCCUGUCUCCCUCUGCCAGUAGCUAUUUCCCACAUCUGGGACACCUUGGAGUCAGAAGGCUCCCACACUGGGAAUAGCCCCCCUUGUUCUUGUGGAAUCCACCCGCCCACCCAUUCAUCCAUCCAUCCAUCCGUCCAUCCCAACUGCCUAGUGCCACUAGCUGACUGGGCACACCCACUAUCAACCUGGUUCACCUGUCAUGGCAGCCUGUACCCUGUUUUUUCCACCCCCGCCACACACCCCAAAUGCUGGCCUGGGGUGCAAGGGGUUGUGCGGGCUGGGGCAGGACUAUCCUCCCCACAUGCAGUACUGUAUCCCCCAUCCCUUCCUGGAGCCACUCUCUUACAGAGCAUGCCCCACCACCCCACCUCUUUGUGUUUCGCUGUGAUAGAUCAAUAAAUAUUUUAUUUUUUGUCCUGGA